AUGGGGAGAGAAGGUAAAUGCAUUGCAGAAGCUCUAGACCUCUUCUCCCAGCACGUCGAAACAGCAGGGGAUGGAAACAAUGACGGAGAUUCCGGCUCAGAUGAAGGAGAAGAUGACGGUGAUAUUGAGGCCCAGAUCAGAAAAGAAAUCGCUGGCCUGAAGCCUGGAUCAGCGAAACCACGCCAAUUCCAGGCCAUCCGUAUGGAGAUGCCAUGUGUGACCUUCAUCCGAUUCGACAAGUCGAUAGAUCCUGAAAAGCUGGUGCAUGAAGUCUGCCUCGAUGCGCACGCAAAUCCGGAAACGAAGCGAUGUCGCUGGGUUCAACGGAUGACCCCUGUGAAAUCCAUCCGCAAGACUCUCAGCGUUGAUCUAGAAGCUUUCGCAAAAGAGAUCUUGAAGCCCCACUUCCACUCCGGGGGCCCUCCCAAGAAGUAUGCCAUUCGGCCUACUGUGAGGGGAAACAACAAGUUCAACAGGGAUGGGGUUAUCAAAACCAUUGCAGAUGUCGUGGGCCCCGAGCACCCAGUUGACCUGAAAAAUUAUGAUUUGAUUAUCCUUGUCCAUUUGAUUCAGAAUGUUGUCGGUAUAAGCGUUGCAGCAAGCGACUACGAUAAAUUGAAACGAUACAACCUUGCUGAAUUAUACAGCCCGACGCCCAACCCGCAGGUCUCCGAGGGUGCGAACUCCUGA